ACCAAAAGUCCAUCUAAUAAAUAAUCAGAAAAUAAUCAAAAAUAUUGAAUGAUGUGCCAGGGACUAGAAAGUAUUAUUAUUAUUAAUAAUAAUUGCUAUUUACUUAUAUUAAUGUAUACACUGAUCCAGAGUUAUUAAGGACUGUAUCAUACUCUAUAUUGCCAAAGGUUUUGGGACACCAAGGGGUUGGGCUUGGCUCCUUAGUUCCAGUGUAAGGAACUCUUAAUGCUUCAGAAUGUUAAGACAUUUUCAUGCUCCCAGCUUUGUGAGAACAGUUUGGGGAUGACCCCUUCCUUUUCCAACAUGACUGCACACCAGUGCACAAAGCAAGGUCCAUAAAGACAUGGAUGAGAGAGUUUUGUGUGGAGGAACUUGACUGGCAUGAACAGAGUCCUGACCUCAACCUGUUAGAACACCUUUGGGAUGAAUUAGAGCGGAGACUGCGAGCCAGACCUUCUCGUCCAACAUCAGUGCCUGGCCUCACAAAUGCACUUCUAGUGGAAUGGUCAAAAAUCACACUCCUGAACCUUAUGGAAAGCCUUUCCAACUGCAAUAUAGCUGCAAAGUCAACUCCAUAUUAAAUUCAUGUGCAGAAACAGAGCUCAGGCCUGAAUGUUCAGGGAGAAGAUGGAGGUUCCCUCUUAUCACUCCAAGCUUUUAGGUGAGCUGAACGAACAGCGUAAGAGGGACUUCUUCUGUGACUGCAGCGUCAUUGUGGAGGGCCGUGUGUUCAAGGCACACAGAAACAUCCUGUUUGCUAGCAGCGGAUAUUUCCGGGCUCUUCUGGUGCAUUAUUUGCAGGACAGCAGCCACAGGCACAGCACAGCUUCUCUGGACAUCGUCACAGCAGAUGCUUUUUCACUCAUCCUGGACUUUCUGUACUCCGGUCGUCUUGACCUGCGCACUGAUAAUGUGAUCGAGAUCAUGUCCGCUGCCAGCUACUUGCAGAUGACUGACGUGGUGAACUUUUGCAAAGGCUACAUCAAAUCCUCGUUGGAGAUCUGUAACAGGGAGAAGGAGAGCCAGAAAGAAAUGGGUCGUGAGAGAGAAGGACCUGCUGACAGUGGGACACCUGCUUCAGUCUCCAGUGUUCCUGCACCGUCCACUUCCCAAGCAGACAGAGGAACCCCGCAGAGUAUGGAGAUGCCCACAUCUGUUGAGGCGUCCUCUGAUAUUCCCUCCACACCAGCUGCUACCAGUAGCAAAGACUCAGAGAGCGAGAACUCUCAGGGAGGCUUCUCCAGCCAGCCAGCCACCAGUGCUGCUGUUAAGAGCAACCCAGCGCAAGAAGUAAUCAACCCAUCAUCUUCAGGGAUGCUCAUCGUGCCGGUGCACACCAAGAUUAAAUUUGACCCUGAUGAAGAAGGUGAGUGUUCUCUUGAAGCCAAGGACAUGGACCUGUAUGAAAACCCAAGCAACGGUGAAGACAGAACUCUCAGCUCAAGUCCUGCACCUAGCACCGAGCCAACAUCCCUGCCUCCGUACCCCAACUAUCAGAUGAAGCAGUAUGUAGAUGUGCUGCUACGUGGAGGAACCAGCUCUCACCGCGAGGAGCUCGUGCCUCACUUUGGCCAUGGUUUGGGAAGCAGUAAUAUGAUGGGUCGAGUAGAUGAAGGACUAGGUCAUGGAGGAUCCUGCAGUAUGGAGAUCCAAAGCGACUGGUAUGUGGAGGAUGCAGUUUUCUACUCAGGGAGGCUGCAUAAGUGUCCGUUCUGCCCAUAUACAACCAAACAGAAGGGCAUUCUGAAGAGGCACAUCCGUUGUCACACGGGGGAAAGGCCGUACCCGUGUGAGAUCUGUGGAAAGCGGUUCACUCGACAGGAGCAUCUACGCACACAUGCUGUCACUGUCCAUCGUGCGACCUGGCCCAUCGUGUGUAAAGGCUGCAGGCGUGUCUUCUCCGGAGCCGUAUCUCAGGGUCUGAAGCGCUUCGGACUUUGUGAUAAUUGUACUUGCGUCACUACAACUAACGAGGACCCUCCUUCCAUGAACCUGAGCAGUCAGUCUGUGGGCGGGGAACAGGCCACGACGGACGAUUGGCCCAUCUUCAUGGUAGACGGGGACGAGGAGCCCAGUGCAGGCGCUGGGGAAGUAGACGAUAAGAAGGACCUCCACAGGCAGCUUGCAGAGGGGGGAAGUCUCCUGUAAACAUACUGAGGUUUCUGAUGACUUAUCCUUUCAUUCAAGGUUUAGUAAACAAACCAUGCUGUCAAAGCUUGGGAUGAUGGAUGUUACAGAGAACCUGCGAAUAGACACUACAGCAAGAGUAAGCGUAUAGACAGAUCUGGAGGAAAUAAUCUUGUUGGCCUGAUGCCAAUUAAUAAGAGUACUUAAAGUUAGUACUGAUCUGUAAUCAUGUUUACGGGUAUGCAGUCUUUAAGAACCAAAUUUCCACAGCUCCGGUGGAAUCGAUUAUAAGUGAUUAAUACGAUCGAGUAAUUAUCAAAUGAUAACUUUGCUUUAAAGGUACAGCAGUCAGUAUUUGAAUUUUGAUAAUACCAUUAACAGGACACCUUAAAGCUGCACAUAUUUAAUGAGUGUCAAGAAUGAUCAUACACACAAUCCUAAGAGAAUCUUAAUUAUUAUAACACUAGACAAGUGCUAUUUUUACACACAUGCAGGUUAUCUUCUAGACUGAAACACUGACUGUCUAGAGAGAUACUGCAUCCUAAAUGUCAUUAUAAUAUAAAAUGGUUCUAUAUAAAAGUUGGGUCUUUAAAGCAUAACUAGGUGGUCAACAACUUUUUAUUUUAUUUUAUUUUAUUUUUUUUAUAUUACUACACCUCACCAUGGUUAAAGUUAUUGUGCCUAUAUAAAUCCUGUUAUCCUGCUGAAUGGAAUCUAAUGAUAAUUGUAAUAAAAAUGUUCUGUUGGAGGAAAACAAAUCAUUAAAUAGUAUAAAACAUUAUUGUACACAUUCAAACAAUGUGGCUUAUUAUUACUACUACUAAUAAUAAUAGUUAUUAUUAUUAUUAUUAUUAUUAGUCAAAUAAAUUUGUGCUGAGAAUUUUUUUAGACUGGUGUCCUUGACUGUAAAAGGACAUGGAAAGGCUUUGAAAACCCCUCAUAUAGAACAUCAUAAACUGGAAACAAAUGGAAAUUUGACUUAAUAAUAAUGAUAAGCAAAUCUUUAUUAUUUUUCUCAUUUAAAUUGUUAUUCUGGCUUAUUGGGGCUGAAAUCAUAAAAAAUUUAUAAAUCAAAAUAAUUUAACAUAAUUAUUUAGACAAGUUAAGUAGAAAACCUUGCACUUUAUGAUUUUUUAAAGGAACAGAAACCUGGCUUUUUUUUUCCAUACUGCUUUAAAUAUUUCUUUUUAAAUGUAUAAAUCGACAUAAAAAAUAUUCACGGUAAUUAAUAUAAUAUAUCUCUCAUUUUUUUUUGAAUACAGUAAGACUGAAGAAAUGAAACAAGCUACCAUAGUAUGUAAUGAUGGCUGUUACAGAUCUGCCCUGCUUUUGUCUGGUGAUCUUUAGAUUUGUGCGUGAAUGAAAUCGACGUGUUUGAGGGGAGGUUGGUGUGAUUGACGGUCGAAACACACACACCGCACUCGGUCUUUAGUCUAAUGAAUUGUGCAGCUCUAUUCUGCUGAAUGUUUCUACAGUGCAAAUCGUGAUAAGAGUGUUUCAGUCCAUUUAAGAGUUUUGUGCAGCCUUUGAACAUUUCUGUAAAUCUCGGACCUGAACUGUUACUGCGUCAAUCAUAAAAACCCACAAGUCUUACUGAAAGGAGAGCUGUUAUUUAUGGGUCAAUGCGGUUACAGCAGGGACGUGAUGUUUGACCAAAGUGCAAAUUGUUUUCUAACUUUCCGUUUUUUUAUUUAUGUCUGUAUGUAAUUUUUGCUCACCUGUGAACAUGAAAGGUUGCAGCCUUACGCUGAAAUAACACGCAGUGAAAAUAAAUGCUGACCUGUAAUACUGA